CUUCAUGAUUGAUUUUGCUGCUUUGCACUGCAGGCUCAGCCGCAGCGCCAGGUGGCACCUGGGUCCUGUAAAGUUUCCUGGAGGCUGGCCUGUCGGAUGAGGUUCGAAAGCACAGGAGCUGAGAGCGAAGUAGAAGUGGUCUAUUGUAAUUUGUCUAUUGUAUAGUAUUGAAGAGUUUCCUGGUUCCAUGCAACGUCCUGGCAGCUGCUGAUUGCGGGUUUUGAGAGCUGAAGAACGCAAUAGACGGUGUCGACCUGUGACAAACUGUUGCUGGCGCAUACUGAGCUGGAAGUGCGGUUCCAUCGGCCCAGGAUUGAGCUGAUGCUGGAGAACCUUCCUGAUGUAGGCCUGAGAGGGCGCAAGCGGAUACAGAGUACCUAUCUAGGCCUUAAAAAGUACGGUUUAGAGGUAGUAGGAUAACCUGGAGGUGCUUGUGAGCCUGCCGUUUAGGCCACCAUUUCACCAAAUCUCUAAUUUUGCCAUGAACUGCACAGCAACAGCCACAGUUGCCAGAGUUGCGCCACACUUCCCUCACGCCGCUGUCCCAAGCCAUGAUAUGUUGACAAGCACAGCGCUAGGCAGGACUCUCCCGCACUGGAGAGCCGCACUCAGCAGCGCUUCCGCAAUCUCCUCUGGUCGAGAGGGCUUCUGCAACACUUACAACAGACAGAGUAGGACCGCGCCUCACUGUAGACAGCCUCAAAGCCGACGGCUUCUUGUAGCUUGCAGUCUUCGAAAAGACAGCCAUUCACAGCCAAUGUACCGCCAACUCCAACCCCCUCCCUUUAAGGAUGGUUCCCGUUUGGGUGCUGCCAAAAGUCCCACCUACGGCCUCUUUCUCAAUGCCGGCCAGGGAGGUUUCACAAGAGACGGCAAGUUCAGAAAGUCGUCCUCAUUCUCCCCCCCUGUCCGGGCCGCCUCCUCAGGGGCCCUCCCUAUCCCUCCGGAAGGGGACGAAAACGUCAUCCGUCCGAUCGACGCGUUUGAGGGCCUUCUGGGGGUUGCUGGGGCGGCUCCCAGGGAUGCUAGCGACAGGAGAGGGGACGCUGAAGUCAGCGGUGAUGUCAGCAAAGAGGAGGUGCGCAGGAAGGGCCGUGCAGUUGCAGGGGUCAACCAGGGGCGGCUCGUGGAGGCGUGGGAGAUCGCGGAUCCUGACAGCCGGUUCGCUGAGUAUCGGAAAGUCUACAUCCACUACAAGAUUGCCAUGCCUGGGGGCGCAUCAUGGACCCCUGUUUCUGGGAGUUCGGCCUCUGGAGCGGAGAGAGACGCGCAAGGAAAGCUGGUGAGGACAAUCGACCGCCUUGGGGGCUCGAACUCGGGCGCCAGCAACUCCCCAGAAAGCGUCUCAGAGGCACAAGGGAGGAACGAGAUUGAGGAGGCGUCCACGUCGGGGCGGCCAGCGUUUCCGACGAUUCUGUUACACGGGUUUGGGGCGUCGCUUUUCUCCUGGGAGAGGGUUCUACAGCCAGUAGCAGAAUUGGCGGGCGGCCCCGCGCUCGCAUUUGACCGUCCAGCGUUUGGGCUGUCCGCCAGGGUCGAGCCAAAGAACCUGCCGUUGAACCCGUACAGCGAAAAGUUCUCAGCCGCCGCGACUCUGGCGUUCGUGGACUUUCUGGGAGGGAAGAAGGCGGUCCUGCUGGCCCAUUCCGCCGGCUGUGUAGUCGCCCUCACGUCGUACUUCCAGGCCCCGGAAAAGAUCGCCGCCAUCAUUCUCGUCGCCCCGGCCAUCUUCCCCAAGGCCGGGAAGCCCUCAGAGCCGCAGCUCGAGCCAGCGGAAUCCGCUUCCGGCCCCCAGGUUCCGUUCUGGCAGCUUCCGUUCGUCUGGAUCAAGCGGGCAGCUGCGGCAGUGAUUUCUGCCGUCAAGUGGGUUGUGCGGCAGUUCCGGCGGGGUUUGGGAAUCUUGGGGCUGGCCCUUGCGGCAAUCGUGGUGCGAUCGAGGGCGGCCACGUGGGCGCUUCGCCUCAUCUUGGACCGAGUUGGCGAGGCUGGCGUCAAGUCCGCGUGGUUCGAUCCCGAGGCUUGCACACAGGACGUCCUUGACGCGUACAAAAAACCGCUUAAGGUGCGCGGGUGGGAGCGCGGCCUUCUGGAGUUUGUGCUGGCGACCAUGGGGGGAUCCCCCGGCUCCGAACUGCCGCUGGGCCACAGGCUGAGCGAGGUCACGUGUCCAGUUCUCGUUGUUACUGGCGAUUCAGACCGACUCGUCCCCACUUGGAACUCUAAACGGGUCGCCGAGGCCCUGCCCCGAGCGCAGCUGCGGGUGAUUGAAAGAUGCGGUCAUCUGCCACAAGAAGAGAAGCCCCAAGAGCUUCUCUCCGCAAUCAGGGACUUCUUACGAGAUCAGUUCGAGAACAGCGGCGAGCAAUCCCCUAGUCGUACGUUCUAAGCCACGCAUCGUUUUGCACACGUUGAGUAGUUGACAAGUCGGCGAGACCUGCCGACAGCUAUUCAGCCUGUGUCUCAGCAUGAGAGCCCGAGCCACGCUGUCGCUCCAAACAGGUAACCAACUUUUACAAUUACUAGGUGCAAAAACUGGAUGGUGCCAUGCAAGCUCGCAGAGGUAACGUAUUGCAUUUAAGAGGGCUUACGCAAGAGCAUACACGGCUGGUGUAGAUUAGUAGAGAUUAGCAAUGUGCACCGGCCUACCUAGCUCCUUCUAUCCAAAGGAACGCUACAGCAUUCUUUGAGAACGUAUUUGAGUGUAAACUAAUCUGUCCACGGUCUCCAACCGGCAAGAUUUUGACAAUUUGACAGUCCGGC